AUGGAGCAAGCUCGAUAUUGGAUGUGGGCUAAGAGGAAACAGUGUCUGACCUCUUCUGGUGAUUCAUGGGAAGAACAAGCCUUUGCAGAAGACUCUUCUGGUCCUCUUGGUGGAUGUAUAUGGCCUCCCAGAUCUUAUUCUUGCAGUUUCUGUAGAAGAGAAUUCAGGUCAGCUCAAGCCCUAGGUGGUCAUAUGAAUGUCCACAGAAGGGACAGGGCAAGACUCAAACAAUCUCCUACUGAAAUUCUUAAUCAUGAUCAGAUUAGUAUUCCUCCUUGUACAUCUCUUGGUGGUGCUGCCUCUGGUUCACAAUACCCACCAACAACUAAGGUUUGCACUUCUUUCUAUAAUAAUCCCAACCCUAACAACACUACUAACACAGCUAUUGUUGUUGCAUCAUCUGAACCAUCACCUUCUAGGGUUUCAGUACCAUCCAGUACUAAACAGACCUUGAUCUUUCCUUCCUAUUCUUCCUCUUCUUCCAUUUUCUCUCCACCUCAAUCGUGGUCCGAUUCCGUUGCCUUUAGGGUUUUCUCCGAAUUGGAUUCGAAGGAGAUUGAAGGAGUGAAGAAUUUGAAUAUACCAAAGAAUUUCAAUUUAGUUUUCCAUCAAAGCCAACUAGAUGGAUCAGGUGGUGGUGGUGGUGAGAAGGAUGAUGAUGUGGAGGAGGAGAGAGGUUUCAUUAGAAAGAGACAGAGAAGUGAUGAUGAAUCAUCCUUGCCUUUCUUCCUCUUCAAUUCAAGUUCAGUUGAUAGACAUCAUCAUCAUCUCCAAUCAGAGGUGCUUGGACUUGGUAAGAAUUCCAUGGAGGAUUUAGAUCUUGAACUGCGGCUUGGUGAUGGCCCCAAGGUGAAGUAG